UUCUCUUCAGAAACUAUGGGAGAGGCUUUUCUUGUGGCAUUCCUUCAAGUGCUGGUCGACAAGUUGGCGCAGCGUGAGGUCUUCAAGUACUUUGGACUCAUAAAGGGCGUCGACCAAAAGCUGCCGAAAUGGAUUGACACUUUGUCUGAAAUUAGAGCGGUUCUGAAUGACGCAGAGGAGAGGCAACUAAUCACCGAGAGCAUGCGGCUGAAGCUUUGGCUGGAUGAUCUCAGGGACUUAGCUUAUGAUUUGGAAGACGUAUUGGACAAAUAUGCUACUAAAAUGCUCAAACGGGAGAUAGAGCAGGGACAUUAUGCCGGCACCGCAAGGAGGGUCUGGAACUCAUUUCCUAAUGGUGUUUUCAACUACAAAAUGAACUCAGAAAUACAGAAGAUUACUGAGCGUUUACAAGAGAUAUCUCAGCGAAAGGACCAGCUUAGUUUGAAUAUCAUUACUGGGACGACGUUGUCUACUAAGGCACGUCAAAAUUUAACUCCCAGUUCCAGUCAACCAGAUGGACCUGUGAUUGGAAGGGAGGAAGACAAAAGGCGGGUCGUGGAAUUUCUGUCGAAACAAGAGCGCCAUGCCGUCAAUUUCGAUGUAGUAGCCAUUGUUGGUAUGGCUGGAGUCGGAAAGACAACACUUGUUGCACAAGUGUUCAAUGAAAUUGAUGCAACCCAGCAAUUUAAACCGACUGCUUGGGUAUGCGUGUCUGAUGACUUCAACCUAGAAAGAGUGACAAAGAAAAUUCUCGAAUCAGUCACAUCCCGGCACUAUCCUACAGAAGAUUUCAAUCAGGUUCAACAGUAUCUGCAUAAGGAAUUAGUUGGGAAGAAGUUUUUAAUUGUUUUGGAUGAUGUUUGGGGCACAUGUAGCUAUGGUCUAUGGAUGAAACUGCAGUCCCCCUUUCGCGAUGGAGCAGCAGGAAGCAAGAUAAUUGUGACAACGCGUGAUGCAGAAGUUUCGAAAAUGAUGGGAGCUGGCACUCUAGUUCAUAAUUUGGAGCCUAUGUCAAAUGACGUUUGUUUUCAAGUAUUUGAGCAGCAUGCAUUCAGGAAUGUUAACAGAGAUAUACCACCAAAUUUCGAGUCACUCAAGGAGAAAAUUGUUGCAAGAUGCAGUGGAUUGCCUUUGGCUGCUAGGACUCUUGGCGGCCUUUUACUUCGUAUAGAGAUGAAUGAAUGGGAGGAAAUAUUGAACAACAAAUUAUGGAGUCUAUCAAAUGAGCGUGACAUACUUCCGGUAUUACGAUUAAGCUAUCACUAUCUUCCUUCACAUUUGAAAAGAUGCUUUGCCUAUUGUUCGAUACUUCCAAAUGACUAUGAAUUUUGUGAGCAGCAAUUGAUUCUUCUGUGGAUGGCAGAGGGUUUGAUUCACCCACAACCAGAACAUAAUAAGCAAUUGGAAGAUUUAGGAACUGACUAUUUUCAGGAGCUCUUAUCGAGGUCAUUAUUUCAGAAAUCAAGCAAAAACAAUUCAAAUUAUGUAAUGCAUGACCUCUUUGUUGGUUUGGCACAAUGGGCAGCAGGAGAUAUUUGUUUUAGAUUGGAGGAUAAGCAAAAUAGCAAUCAUAUACAACUUGGAUGUUUUAAAAAGGCCCGCCAUGCAUCCUACAUUUCUGGUAUGUAUGAUGUGGUUAGAAGAUUUGAGGCAUUUUCUGAAGUGGAACAUUUGCGAACCUUCCUACCAGUUUCAGUUAAUUAUCCUUCAAAUUAUCUAAGUCGUAAGGUUACUUUUGAUUUAUUGCAAAAAUUGCAAUACUUGCGGGUGCUUUCUCUCAAUGGCUAUCGAGUAACUGAGCUGCCAAAUUCAAUUGGUAAAUUGAAGUAUCUGCGGUAUCUUGAUCUUUCUCGCACAGGGAUAAGGAGUUUGCCAGAAUCAACGACCACUCUUUACAACUUACAGACAUUGAUAUUGGAAGGUUGUCGUUAUUUGAUGGCACUACCUAUCAACUUGAGGAAUCUAGUGAAUCUGCGCCAUCUCAACUACUCAUUUGCAUAUGCAUUGAAAGCAAUGCCUCCGCAACUAGGUCGGUUGACAAAUCUACAAUCUUUGUCUAAUUUUAUUGUGGGUAAAGGUAGUGAUCAAUCAGGUAUAAGAGAGAUAGGGUCCCUAUUCCAUCUCCGAGGGACAUUGCGGCUCUCAAGAUUAGAGAAUGUGAUCGAUGCUGAGGAUGCACGGAGGGCCAACUUAAAAUGCAAGGAGAGACUUUAUGAAUUGGUCCUAGAAUGGUCGGAUAACACACAGGAAACACAAUUAGGUGUGCUUGACAGAUUAGAACCUCAUAGAAUGCUCAAAAUUCUGGACAUCAAGGGUUAUGCUGGACUAAAGUUUUCAGCAUGGAUUGGAGAUCGUUUAUUCUCUACUAUGGUUCAUGUAAGCUUAAACAAAUGUCAGAACUGUAAAAUCUUGCCACCACUUGGACAGUUGCCUUCACUCAAAAGGCUUUAUAUUACAGGAAUGACUGCAGUGGAAAGUGUUGGUCCUGAGUUUUAUGGAGAGAGUAGCUUGCCUUUUCCCGUACUAGAGGAUCUUUGGUUUUCAGAGAUGCACAACUGGAAGAAAUGGCUUCCUUUGGCACAAGAUCAGGUUUUCCCUUGCUUGAAGUUGCUUUCAAUCACAUUUUGUCCUCAAUUGGAGGGUAAGUUGCCCGAGAACCUUGAUUCAUUAGAAGCACUUACAAUUAUUAAAUGCGAGGAAUUGGUGAUUUCAAUUUCCAAAUAUAAACAAAUUAGUGCAUUAUACAUCAUCGACGGUUGCAAAGCAGUGGUGAAGACAAGUGGCGUUGAGUUUGAGUUACUAAAUUCCUUGGAACUUUCAAAUAUUUCAGAGGUGAGGUUCCAAACAGGGGAAUUCACCAAAGGAUUAAGGAAGGUUGCUAAUUUGACGAUUGGCGGAUGCGAGGAGCUGACAUCUUCACUGAAGAAUGAGGAUAGAGUAUUGCAACACUUGAUUUCUCUUGUACCAGAAGGGUUGCAUCACCUAACGGCUCUUCAAGACCUUCAAAUAGUUGGAUGCUCAAGUCUGGUUUCUUUUCCAGAUAUUGGUCUGCCUCCUUCCCUUGAAGUCAUAAGCAUUAAGGAGUGCGAUUCGUUGCUGUAUUUUGCAAAAUACCAGAUUCCCCCAAAUCUAAGAAGAAUAGAGAUACGUCGGUGUAAAAGUUUGAAAUCAUUAGUAGAGAACGAGGAGGAUAGUUCUUCGUCUUCCUCUUCUUCUCAUAUUUCUCUUGAGCACUUGAACAUAUGGGAAUGUGAAUCUCUAACGUCGUUAUCAUUGAGAGAACAGUUGUUUCCCAGGGCGCUUAAAUACCUUCACAUAUUCCAUUGUGGAGAGCUGCAGUUAAUUACGUCCGAUGGGUUCUCCCAAGACAACACUAAGUAUUGUCUUGAAUAUAUUAUCAUCGGUUCUUGCCCAAAUCUGAAAUCGUUACCGGAGGGCCUAUGUCACCUCACCAACUUGAGACAAAUCUACAUCAAAAAUUGCAACAAAUUGGAGAUGUUACCGGACAUGUGCAAUCUCAACUGUCUUCAGGAAUUGAAUAUUGAUUACGGUGAUGGUUUAAAUUUCACUUCCUUUCCGCCCAGCCUAACAUCACUUAUAAUCCGCGAAAUCAAGAAUUGUAAGGCGCUGUGGGGGUUGUUGCACAGGCUCACCUCUCUUACAGAAUUGUGCGUCAGUGGCGAAGACCCAUAUGUUGUGUCGUUUCCACUCGAAGGUGACACGGAUAUGGAUAUGGAGAUGCUGCUCCCCGAAUCUCUCACUCAUCUGUCAAUUGAGGGCUUCCCAAAUCUGAAGAAACUGAGCAGCAAGGCCUUUCAAUUCCUCACCUCUCUUCAAUCUCUUCGACUCCGGAAUUGUCCAAAGCUGUCAUCUAUUCCAGUGGAGGGCCUGGCUCUUUCACUUUCGCAAUUUUAUAUCUCUGGGUGUCCAAAGCUAUUUUGGUUCUUUAUCUUUAGACGAAACUUGGCCAAGAUAUCCCACAUUCCUUGCAUCGAGAUAGAUGGAACUCCUCCCAGGUGGGUCUUUUUCAUCUAGAGUUGCUUCAAGCAGGACUCGGACUAAUACGAUUUAUCGUGGAGAUGGAUCAUAUCUAGGUCAAUUUUGUCUGCAACUGGCGGUGUUGAAUGACACGGAGGAGAAGCAACUGUAAUGUAGGACAAAUCAUGGGUUUGUUCAUACGAAGGAAAUUUGAAAAAGGGGGAAAUUUGAAAAUCAGAAAAUUGUGCUUCAAAUAUAGAAAAUCAUGCUUGAGCAUCAAUUAUGGCGCUGGGAAAGAAGGAAGAUGUAUCGUUGGGAUUUUCGGGUUGCUUGAUUUCUUGAGAAUUCUAUAUCAUAUUUAUAUUUUUUGAAUAAGUUAUCAAUUAAGAUAUUAUUUUCCUGAUAUGAUUUUAAUUAAGAUUUUAAUUAUUUUCUUAGUUAAGUUUUAGGAAUAUUCUGGAACCUAGGGUUUCCUACGAUUUUAGGUUUUUUUUUUUUUCUAUUUAAGUCAACUCAUGGCAUUGUAUUAAUCAGUUUAUUCAUCUUAUUAUCAAUCAAAUAUAUAUGAGGUUUACUCAA